UUUAGUGAGCACUGUGUUUUUUUUAAUCCAUAUCUCAGCUUCCAGUCAAGAGACCGUUUACGCACAGGUGGGAAAUACCCGCACUAUAGGACAGCCCCCUCCCUCAAUUCCUCAUCGGAAUAUGUGAGCAAGUGACAUUUUGCCGUUGCGGUUCGGGACAGCAGGCAAAGCGUCUCUGCAAACAGGUGUGCAGCUGCUGCCCGAAUCAGUUUCCUACGCCUUUAAUCCAGUUUAAGGAAAGGCAGAAAGGCAUCCCAUUUGCGGAACCAUCCUCCUCGACGCGGGACGGGCAGAGGAGGGGUAAAUCUGCAUUUUAGUAGCCUAGCUAUUAUAGCCUAUUAUUUGAAGGGACAAACGUGUUACAAGAGCGAACGCUAUGGCAACAAAAAAAUCAUCAUGCACUGAUAUAACGAAAAGGAGCCAGAGUCCCGUUGUUUUAGAGGCUGAGAUGUUCCGUGAAUUUCAGGACUGGUGCCUCCGGACAUAUGGGGACUCGGGUAAAACAAAGACCGUCACCCGGCGAAAAUACAACAAAAUCAUGCAGACAUUGUUGCAAAACGAAGAGUCGGACAGCAUGUAUGUCGACAAUAGUCACAUCAAUGCUAAAUUCAAAUUCUGGGUGAAGUCGAAAGGGUUUCAGGUCGGGAGCAACAUCCUCGGGGAGCACAAGAAAGGAGCGUCAGGGAAGCCGGUCCUAUAUGUCCCGGUCAAGUCAACGUGUGCAGAUGCAGGCUCGGCCCAGGACAGCUUGUCCCUGAAGAGGGUGGCAGUGGUGGAGGACUUCUUCGACAUCAUCUAUGCCAUGCAUGUGGAGAUGGGUGCUGACCUUGGUAGAGCACCUAAACACGCUGGCCAGAAGAAGACCUACAAAGCGAUAGCGGAGACAUAUGCCUUCCUGCCCAGGGAGGCAGUGACACGCUUCCUAAUGAGCUGUGGAGAGUGUCAGAAAAGGAUGCACAUCAAUCCCAACACUGCAGAGUUUAAAGAAAAUGAUCGACCAGCAUCCCUGGUCCCGGACCUCAUUGACUACAACAUGCCCCUGACGGCCACCUACCUGAAACAGAUGAAACUACAGUGCAUGACUGCCAAUGAGCGGGAUGAAAGUUCGGUGAGCAGUGAGGACAUGGAUAUGGCUGAGCCCACGUGGGUCUCUGCUGAGCGUCCCCCUGUCCCUGAGCUCAGUCCCCCCAAUGGAGUACACAGCCCACAAGCCGCAUUGAAAGAGGAAGACGAUGACAACUCUGAGAGUGCCAACGGACUGCCAUCCCUGGCCCCCCUGGAGGCAAUGGUUGUGGGCAGUGUCCCUUCAGAUGGUGUGGCUCCAUACAGGGAGGUGACUGAGAAUGGGGUGAGUGCUCCCCUGGACUUUAGCACCACCACCUCCUCCUCUUCCUCCUCAGAGGACCAGCAACCAGUCAAUCUGACUGACAGACUGCUGCCUGUGGGGAGCCCUGUUGGGACGCCCUACUCAGCUGACGCUACGAGGAAGUCCCCUGGGAAACCAGACUACGGCAACAGGUCUCCUCAGCACAGCCCCGGAAGCUAUGACUCAUUGAAGACAGAACUGAGCAUGAGUGCUGAGGACCUGACCUCUGGGCGUGCUCAGAUCAUCGAUGAUGAUGAUGACGAUCAUGACGACCACGAUGACAGUGACAAGAUCACUGAUGCUGAGGGAAUGGACCCAGAGAGGCUGAAAGCAUUUAAUAUGUUUGUUCGUCUGUUUGUGGAUGAGAACCUGGACCGCAUGGUGCCCAUCUCCAAGCAGCCCAAGGAGAAGAUCCAGGCCAUCAUCGAGUCAUGCAGCCGACAGUUCCCUGAGUUCCAGGAGCGCUCCCGCAAGCGCAUCCGCACCUACCUCAAGUCCUGCCGCCGUAUGAAGAAGGUUGGUUUUGAGACACGGCCCACACCCCCACACCUCACCUCUGCCAUGGCUGAGAACAUUCUCGCUGCUGCUUGUGAAAGUGAGACACGCAACGCUGCCAAGAGGAUGCGACUAGAUGUCUAUCAAGGCCCCGAGGAACCUGCUACUGCUGAUAAGAACGGCUCCAGGGACCCGGCCUCAGUUGCCCCCUCAGGCUUCUCCCUGGCUGCCUCAGCCUACUCCCAGUCCCAUGACCCAGUAUACACCAACGGCACCAACAGGGGCCUCAACUACAGCUUCCGCAGUUACGGAGCAAUGAGCAACAACCUGCCGACCACCUGUGCCACCACCACACAGAACAAUGGUCCCACUGAUCUCAGUAUGAAGUCUGUGGCUCCCACAUCCUCUUCCUCCAGUUCUAACAGUCACAGUGGUCAGGGUGGAGGUGGGGGAGGUGCCUCGGCUCAGCUCAGCCCCCCUGAGGUCACAGCGGUGAGGCAGCUCAUCGCCGGGUACCGAGAGUCUGCUGCCUUCCUGCUCCGAUCUGCAGACGAGCUGGAGAACCUGAUCCUGCAGCAGAACUGAACCAUAAACAGGCCAGACCGGAUGAACUAUGCCUUGCCAUGACCCGUCUCCCCAGGCUGUCUGUCUGUACUAUCACCCUCAGUCAAACACAUUCAGACAGACAGACACUUAAUUAAGAGUUUAACUGAGUAAACUGUCAAAGUAAAGACUAGGAGUAAAACUGCAUCGCACAAUUGGGCCAUACAGAUAGUAGAUAUUGUAUAUGGUCACAGGAACGCAAAGAAUUUACACAAAUAUAAAAUCCAUACAUUCAAACUAAUCUUAGUGCCCAGUUAGCUUUUUACAUUCCCAUAACAAACCUACUCCUCACCCACUUCAUUCAUACCCCAGAAACACCGCAAAGUCACCUCCUUCCAUGGAUUUUCUUUCUAAACUGAGGAGGUAUUUGUCAAACAUGAAUUGUUGCUUCAUAUUUGGCAUUAUGACACUGCUCUGUUAACCUCAACAGUAGUUUUUAAAGUUUGAAGGUUUAGGUAUGCAAAGUGUGAUCAUAGAAAAGGGGGGAUGUUAAACCUGGAGGGUAAAGUACUGUAAUGUGUCCAAACCUACAGGCUUUGGAUUGUAGGCAAAAGGUUAAUGCUUCUGGGAAAAGUGUGUAACAGGGUGCAAUAUGGAAGAUAAUCAGUAAAUGCAAGCCAAUUUCCACAUACUCAGUCUUUUUGUGGGACUUUGUGCAAAGGGAGGUCUUCUUAGGGUACCUCUACCUCCUCCUCAUGCUUUUAGUCUCAGCAUGAUGAGCUAACCUGUAAAACAUUCCCCAGAGAUAGCAGAUUUACCAAACAUCCCAUAAUAUUUUGUACGGCUCCGCUGGGAGCAGGAACGUAAUUUGUCAAUCAGGAAUGCUGUGUAAAAAGAAAGUAUGUCUCAUGGCAGCACUGUAGCUUCAUUGUUGUCUGUUCUGAAAGAUGCUCUUCUUUAUCUGGAACCUCAUAACUGAGGCCUUUCAUUGACUGGCACCAAUCAGACAGAUGUGAAUAGGACAGAACCUGAUAUGCAAUGAUAGUAGACUUGAGGUCAAUGAACCUUUGUUCAGUAAUUUGAGUUUAUUUCAGAGACUAACAGUUUGGGUUGGUUUAAGUCAGUCAGAUAUGAACAGCAUAUGGUUGUGUCAUAAACUUUGUCUCGUGAACGUCACAUGGUCAUCUCAUGGAAAUGUAUGGUGAAUGCAUUGUGCUCCUUGUAACGGCUGUUGGUCUGCUAUAGAGAAAGAUUUCCCUCAAAAUCCCACCAUAUUCUCUCCACCUCAACUCCUUUUUCUUACCGGUCUUUGCAUUUCUCAUUAGCAGAAAUUAUGACAUAAAACACACGGUUUUAAAAAAGAGGCAAAAGACAAUCUUGAUCAUGUGUGAUGGCAUCACAGUUUACUCAACAGUUCCUUGCUAUGGUUUGUGUACUGUAUGUGAGAGCAGCACAGAGUACUGUAGCCGUAACAUCCUCUCUAUCAACAUACUUUGACAGGUCAGUCAUUUGAGCACUCUGUCCUAAGUGGUCGUUUUAUUGUUGGUAAACGUUGGCAUUAUUUCGGUUUGUUGUGUAAGUGAAGUGGAGUUGCCCUUUCAAAGCUCUUUAGUAAAAAAAAUUGCUCUGUACACUUAAAUUAUUUUAAGUAGUCAACCUGGUCAGCACCUUAAACAGUGCAUUAGGAAAGUAUUCGGACACCUUGACUUUUCCACAUUUUGUUACGUUACAGCCUUAUUCUAAAAUUGAUUACAUUGUUUUUUCCCCUCAUCAAUCUACACUCAAUACCCCAUAAUAGCAAAGUAAAAAACAUGUAAUUUAUUACAUAUUAAAAACUGAAAUAUACAUUUACGUAAGUAUUCAGACCCUUUACUCUACUUUGUUGAAGUACCUUUGGCAGUGAUUACAGCCUCAAGUCUUCUUGGGUAUGACGCUACAAGCUUGGCACACCUGUAUUUGGGGAGUUCCUCCCAUUCUUUUCUGCAGAUCCUCUCAAGCUCUGUCAGGUUGGAUGGGUAGCGUCGCUGUACAGUUUUUUUCAGGUCUCUCCAGAGAUGUUCAAUCGGGUUCAAGUCCGGGCUCUGGCUGGGCCACUCAAGGACAUUCAGAGACUUGUCUCGAAGCCACUCCUGUGUUGUCUUGGCUGUGUGCUGAAGGUCGUUGUUCUGUUGGAAGGUGAAACGUUGCCCCAGUCUGAGGUCCUGAGCGUUCUAGAGCAGGUUUUCAUCAAGGAUCUCUGUGUAUUAUUCUUUGUUUUUCUCUGUUUAUCCUUCCUUCGAUCCUGACUAGUCUCCCAGUCCCUGCCGCUGAAAAACAUCCCCACAGCAUGAUGCUGCCACCACCAUGCUUCACCGGAGGGAUUGUGCCAGGUUUCAUCCAGAUGUGAUGCUUGGAAUACAGGCCAAAGAGUUAACUCUAGGUUUCAUCAGACCAGAGAAUCUUGUUUCUAAUGGUCAGAGUCCUUUAGGUGCCUUUUGGCAAACUCCAAGUGGGCUGUCAUGUGCCUUUUAUUGAUGAGUGGUUACCAUAAAGGCUUGAUUGGUGGAGUGUUGCAGAGAUGGCUAUCCUUCUGGAAGGUUCUCCCAUCUCCACAGAUGAACUCUGGACCUCUGUCAGAGUGAUCGAGUUCUUGGUCACCUACCUGACCAAGGCCUUUCUCCUCCGAUUCCUCAGUUUGGCUGGGCGGCCAGCUUUAGGAAGAGUCUUUGGUCUUCCAUUUAAGAAUGAUGGAGGCCACUGUGUUCUUGGGGACCUUCAAUGCUGUAGAGAUGUUUUGGUACCCUUCCCCAGAUCUGUGCAUCCACACAUGUACUGUCAACUGUGGGACCUUAUAUAGACAGGUGUGUGCCUGUCCAAAUCAUGUCCAAUCAAUUGAAUUUACCACAGGUGGACUCUAAUCAAUCUCAAGGAUGAUCAAUGGAAACAGGAUGCACCUGAGCUCAAUUUCUAGUCUCAUAGCAAAGGGUCUGAAUACUUAUGUAAAUAAGGUGUUUCUGUUUUGUUUUUUUAUGUGCUAAAAUGUCAAAAUACCUGUUUUCGCUUUGUCAUUAUUUAGUAUUAUGUAUAGACUGAUGAGGAACAUGUUUUAUUUAAUCCAUUUUAGAAUAAGGCUGUAACGUAGCAAAAUGUGGAGAAAGGGUCUGAAUACUUUCCGAAUGUACUGUAGAUUUGUCAGAUAAUUCAUAUAAGAGAGGAAUGAAUUUCAGUGUAAUUUAUAAUAAAUGAUGUCAGCAGCACAUAUAUCUACUACAUUGCUGUGACGAUGAUCAUUCCAAGAACAGGACAGUCUAAAAUGACAUGCACAAAAUAAUCUGUAAUUUAUUUAUUGUCACCAUCCAUGACAUAAUUUGACUUCUUUAUUAUAUUUCAAAUGUAUAAUCUAUUGCAAGUUUGGAAGCACUUUACAGCUCAGGAUAAAAUAACACGGUAUAUAUUUGUAACCGGACAUUGUUACAGAACAAUCAUACUUGAUUCACAUGUUCAAUUUACACAUUUAAGAUACACAUUCCUGACAAUGGGUUGAUCAUGGUGGUCUAUGAUGAGAGCUGAUAUGAUAUUAUUUUGGAUGUCUGUAUUGAUUUAAAUGUAGAUGAUUUUUGUCCACUAAACUGAUCAUCUUAUGGAUAACAUAUUGUGGAAAUCAUUAUUAAAAUGCACAAUAUUGGGUUUUAAAGUACAUGGCAUGGCUCAUGCAAGAAUCAGCCAAUCUCACAGUCUUAACUAAAUCACUUCAAUCUGAAUUUUUACUAGCAGCACAAGAAAAGUGCUGUUUUAGAAGAGAAUUAUAUUUUGCACGCAUCAGACUUCAGAAAUUUAUUUUAGCUAGACUAGUCAGGCUUUAGAAACUGUUAUUUUGAGCUCAGGUGUGUGUACACAUUUGAAUGCAGGUAAAAAAAAAAAUUUGUAUAGACUCAUUUGGAUGAAUCAACUUGAUAGCACCUUUUUUUCAAAGAGUGUAGGUAUAGCUAUCUAGAACAUACUGUACGAGAAUCCUUUGAAUAAUAAUUUGUGGUUCCAGGGUAGAAGUUCUACCUGGAACAAAAAACCUGGAAUCAAAAACGUUUCUCCUAUGGGGACCGCCAAAGAACCACUUUGGAACCCUUUUUUCUAAGAGUGUACCCACUGGGGCACACACUGGCUGAAUCAAUGUUGUUUCCAUGUCAUUUCAAGGAAAUUACGUUGAACCGACGUGGAAUAGAUGUUGAAUUGACGUCUGUGCCCAGUGGGUAGGGUUCUGUCCUGAUACACUCAAAUGUCUUCCAUGUGUCCUUCACCUUGCCCCUAUUUUACUUUUGGCCAGCCAUAAUCUCCAACAGCCACCAGUAAACUGCCAUCGUCACUUAAAUUGACAUUUUAGUCAUUUAGCAGAUGCUCUUAUCCAGAACGACUUACAAUUAGUGCAUUCAUCUUAAGAUGGCUAGGUUAGACAACAACAUAUCACAAUGCAGAUACACAUUAUGUUAUUGAUGCCGGGUUGAUCUAAAUUCACGUUUCUAACUAACGCAUCACUUUUCUUUGUGUGUCCAGAAAAGGGUCUCUUAAUGUGUCUUAAGACUACGAGCUACAUUUUCAUUUGUGUGCUGCAGUUACUGUGACCAAUGAAACACAACCAUUUGUAGACAUAUUUUGUUCCAGUGGAUUUCUCGUUGCAUUGGCAGGACAAUUUAAUGUAUAGAUGUUUUAUAAAAAUGUAGCGUAAAAGCCCUAGUAACUUGUGGAUUGCUGAUGUGGUCAGAUAUAUGUAUAGCUGUACAAAAGGUUGUAAAAGAAACAUUUUAAACCUAAAUCAUUUUUCUGUGGUGUACAGCACGGUUCCAGAAUAUGUAUGUGGUUUCAAGUUCAACCCUUGCCUGUUUUAACAGUUGGUGGUGCUCUGUAAAACUUCUAUUGUUCUUGAUAUUAUUUUAUUUGUUACUUCUCCUGCAUUGGCCAGAGACUGUAGUUCUGUGCAGGGUGUUGUAAUGUACUGUAUACCAAUGUGAAGCUUUGUAUUUUUUCUUUCUGGUUUUUUGGACUCAGUGAAAGUGUGAUGUUUACAUGUACAGAUUUUUCCAAAUACUUUACAUUUUUGUCCAUGAUAUUUUCUCACCUACCCUUCCUGUUUAUAUUUGCUCAGACAUUUAUUUAGUGCAUUAUAUCAAAUGCAGACAGAUGUGACUGCUUUGAAAGGUGGUCAGAUGACAUUCACAUGGUCGAAGUGAGGCUAGACUAAGACAACCAGGUUGGGGUUGGUAUCUGGUGAUGGCUGAUAGCAUCAGACUCUUUAGGGAUUGAGGAGUGAGAGUGAGCGUCAUGCCAGUUCAAAGUGCACCAUGAAUAGCCUACCUCUGUCUGAGAUUUAUCAGUAGCAUAAUGAUACACAUAUUCCUAUUGAACGAUUGCAGAUAACCCAGCCACCUUUUCCCUUCUGAAUAGCCGUGUUUUAACAAGCUCCUGGCGGGUGGAGUCAAAUGGGUUUCAUUAGCAUGUAACUCAAUCACUGAGCAACAUAAUAUAAUGGUAGGAGGAUCACAGUAGUCAAAACGCAAUGGUAGCCACUCAUUCUAUGAUGGUUCUAUUGUGAUCACAUUCCCUGGUUGUUAUAAGGUACACUUUGACCUCUCGUAACAGCUCCUCAAUGAUGUGAUGUAAAAGCCAUUCCCCUCUCCUGGUCCUCAAGGGGGAACACAAGAACCUCAGGAAACGCUGAAUCUCUGAGUUUAUUUUUGUUCCAUUAUGAUAUUUAAUGAUGAAAGUAAAGUCUCUCUACCUGUUACCAUAACAUUUAUAUGAAACGUUUAUCAUUGUUUUGUACAUUUAUCAUUGUGAUUUAAAAGUGGAGCUUUUUCCAGUACAUGUGACUGAAUAUUUAGAUUUUUUUGAAAAGUGUUUAUAGGUAUAAAUAUUAAUUAAUAUAUGUGAAGCGACUAAAAAGACAAAAGAAAACAUUUUCAUCUGUUUGUUUCAUGCAAAGCCGCCCAGGCGGGAUAUUCUCUGCCUCUUACAUAUCACUAAUUAUGAGGGACUUGUUCUUGUUUUGAAAUAGCGCUUUUUCAGUGUAACGUCAACACUACGGUAAAAAAUGUUGGUUACCAACAGCAGGAUUGCAAGCUUCUCUUCAGAGAUGUCAGUAACUGAAUAAAACCGAAACUUGGCUA